CUUGAAGGUGGACUACUACUCCGCUUCCCCUGACCGGAGGUACAAAUAGUCACAUAUAGAGUCCAUCGAGCAGGAAGAAGAAGAAGACAGUGGAAGGAAGCAUGGAGACGACGACUCCGACGACGACUCCGCUCCUGACGCCAUACAAGAUGGGCGACUUCAACCUGGCGCACAGGGUUGUUCACGCGCCGCUGACGCGGUGCAGGUCGUACGGGAACCUCGCCCAGCCGCACAACGCGCUCUACUACGCGCAGAGGGCGGCGCCGGGCGCGCUCCUCGUCGCCGAGGCAUGCGCCGUGUCCGAGGCCGCGCGGGGCUACCCGCACGUCCCCGGCCUGUGGAGCCAGGAGCAGGUGGCGGCGUGGAAGCCGGUGGUCGACGCCGUUCACGCCAAGGGCGCCGUCUUCUUCUGCCAGAUAUGGCACACCGGCCGCGUCUCGCCCGUAGAGUUCCAGCCUAAUGGGCAAGCUCCGGUGUCGAGCACGGAUAAGCAGGUGACGCCUCAGGUCGCCCAUGACGGCAGUGUCUUCGAGUUCGCGGCCCCUCGAAGGUUGGAGACGGCGGAGAUACCCCACAUCGUCGACGACUUCCGGGUCGCCGCCAGGAACGCCAUCAGAGCCGGGUUCGACGGCGUGGAGAUCCACGCGGCCAACGGGUACCUCAUCGACCAGUUCAUGAAGGACGGCGUCAACGACCGGGCCGACGCGUACGGCGGCGGCCUGGAGAACCGCUGCCGCUUCGCCGCGGAGGUCAUCGCGGCCGUCUGCCACGAGGCCGGCGCGGGCCGCGUCGGCGUGCGCCUCUCCCCGUUCGCCGACUACGUCGACUGCGUCGACUCCGACCCGGAGGCGCUCGCGCUGCACGUGAUCGGCGCCAUGAACGGGCUCGGCGUCCUCUACUGCCACAUGAUCGAGCCGCGGAUGUGCGUCAACGAGCGGAUGAUCCCGCGCCGCCUGCUGCCGUUCAGGAAGGCAUUCAAGGGCACCUUCAUGGUGAACGGCGGGUACGACCGGGAGGAAGGGGACAGGGCCGUCGACGAAGGCUACGCCAAUCUUGUGGCGUACGGGCGGAUCUUCUUGGCCAACCCCGACCUGCCGGAGAGGUUCAGGAGGAACGCCGCUCUGAAUAAGUACGACAGGAGCACCUUCUACACAUUCGAUCCUGUUGUUGGCUACACCGAUUACCCUUUUCUUGAUCAGGAUGAUUAGCUGACUGCUUCACUGCUGUUGUGCUUAGGACCUGGGAGAUUCUAAGGCCUUGUAUAAUGACGGGGUAGGGAUGCGCGUGUCCAGAUAUAGAAGAAAUUCAUAUCAUCAUGCUUUAAUGCCCAUAACCGUGAAAGAUUCUCUUAGUGGUAGGCAUCAUUCUCAUUCAUAGCGAGAUAUUUGUAUAUGACUUCAUCAAUUUAAAAUCGCAUUCAUUGA